UCGUAUUCGAGGACGGGUUCUUCCAUAGAGUGGCGGAGAUUGUUCUAACGGUAUCUCUCAGCACACGUUAUCCCGUUCAAGGAAAUACCGUUCUCCCGGUGUUCCGUUCUUCAUUUUACCACGACUAGGCGGGACAUUAAACGCCAUCUUGACAAGUUGUGUGUGGGUGCUGCUGCUGCUGCUGCCCUGCUCUUGGUUGUGUGGGAUCAGUCGGAGUGCGGAGCUCAGACAGCGAGGAGCUCGAGCGCGCGAACCACCGAGCUCCGCGAGAACAGCAUUUGUUGAGUGAUCGUAUUGUGUUUUUCACAGUUUACUGACAUUUGUUCGUGUCUGUCAAGACGAUUCAGGCAGCUAUGAAUCGCCACGACGUUCCACCUGAGCUUACGAAUCUCCUGAUGGAGUUCACGGUCUCGGUUUUAGUCGAGAGACCGGAAGACAUCCUCGCCUAUGCAGCCAAAUAUUUUACUAACCUCCACGAGCAGCGCUCAGCAUCGACAAACGGGGGAUCUCAGCAAAACGUCGAGAACGAUGAAGCCAUUUAUAGCGAUGAAGAUGAACCCGAACCUCCUCCUCCGACCCGAUUCAACAGACGGAAGAGCGUCUUCGCUGAGCACUACGAUCCGGCCGAGGACGAGGACGACGAGGCACACAGGAUCAUUCAUCCCAAAUCGGACGAGCAGCGAGAAAUCCUGGCCAUGGCUGUAAAGAAUAUCCUUCUCUUCCGUUCCCUGGACGCCUCUCAGAUGCAGGAUGUGCUGGACGCUAUGUUCGAGCGCCGCGUAGUCCCAAACGAGAUCGUCAUUCAACAGGGGGACGACGGUGAUUAUUUCUACGUCAUUCAAAGCGGAACGUACAAUAUUUUCGUACGGAACCCCACUACCGGAGAUAACAUGAACGUGGGCAAAUACGAAAAUCAUGGCAGUUUCGGAGAACUGGCUCUUCUCUACAAUCAACCGAGAGCUGCAACCAUCCAAGCGACCACCGACGGCUCGCUGUGGGCUAUGAACCGUCAGACGUUCCGGCGCAUCGUCUUGAAAAGCGCUCAUAAGAAACGCGUCGUUUACGAAAAGCUCCUCGAAUCUGUGCCAAUGUUGAGCUCGCUCAACGCCUACGAAAGGAUGAAUCUUUGUGAUGCGCUCAUGCCAAAGGAAUUCAAGGAAGGUGAUUGUAUCAUCAAGCAAGGAGACAGUGCAGAUGGCAUGUACUUCUUGGAAGAUGGCACCGUAAGUAUUCGCGUGCGCUCCGAAGGUUCAGAAGAGGAGAAAGAGAUUUCCCGCUUCACCAAUGGGACUUACUUCGGAGAGCUGAGUCUCAUUACUCACAAGCCCCGCGCUGCGUCUGUCUACGCAUGCUCCGACGUCAAGACUGCCUUCCUCGACGUCGAGGCUUUCGAAAGACUUCUGGGUAACUGCGUCGAGAUUAUGAAACGCAACAUAACCCAUUACGAGGAGCAGCUCGUGGCGAUACUGGGUUCAACCAACAUCUCCGACCUCCGAUGAGUUCUUCCCGAGCUCCCGAACUCUCGUUGCAUUCAACAUAGACACCCACCUUAUGAGUCACUGUACGGAAUGUGAACACUGUCGAAGAGCAGCACCGCCUCUGACGGGAGCAACGAUUGCGGUGACCAAGUCUGAACUAUUCGAGAGGGAUCAUCAUCGAUCACAACGCUUCGGAAACCGCAACAAGAACGGAAUCCGAUUUCGGUAGCCAAUCAAUGUGCAACGACGACGAGGAAGAAAACAAUCGCUCGCGUCACCCACCACCCCGAAUAUAAGGCCCGAUUUUUCGUCGGUGUAGGUUUUAUGGUGUUUUCAGUCAGAGUUUUUAGACCAGCAGCCGUGGGUGGUAGAUUAUCGGAGUCAGAGACUGGAUCAGCUGUUUAUCGGCACGCGAAGCGGAUCACACGCGAAGAGGAGAAAGAAGCAAGAAGCGACUAGUGGGGCUGAUCAAACAAAUAACUGCUAUGCGAUGCAAUGUAAUAAUUUAGGCGAUUAGGAUUCGGAUCAUUCUUUAAGGAUGACGAUGUGGGGCAUGUUGUUUUAUGUCUGUGAGAUUGAUUGGUUGGUUGGCUGAUUGACCGGUCGUUCCGUUAAGGACGACGGUCAUCAUUUCCGCGUAGACGAGUUCGAAAGUCGAUGGUCUGUCUGAUUUUAACACCUACCUAGCGAUUGACUGUUGUAUCAGGAUUGUAUGAAGCUGUAGCGACGAGCCAUGGAGCUCCUUGCUUCCUAGAAAAUACCAAGAAACAAACAUGAAGAAUUAGA